GGAGACGAGAGCAACAUUCUCAACAAAUUCGACGUGCAGUGAACACACACAAGACAACCGGAUCCCAGCCAGAUCUCGCUCAACUUUAUCACAUUUUUACGUCAAGAAAACACACAUCUAAGCUACAAUGGCCACCAAAUACGAAGUUUCCAAGACCUACCAGUACCGCAAGGUGAUGAAGCCUCUGCUGGAACGCAGGCGUCGGGCCCGCAUCAACAUGUGCCUGGACGAGCUCAAGGAUCUGAUGGUCCAGUGCACGGUCCAGAGCGGUGAUGGCAAAUUCGACAGGGCCGACAUACUGGAGGUCACUGUGGACCAUUUGCGCAAGCUGAAGCAGGCCAGGAUCGAGGCCACCGCUGCCGCAGCAAAAGCCACCACCAACACUACGCCAGAGCAGAGUUUCCGCGAUGGCUUCAUCAGGGCCGCCGACGAAGUCUCCCGGGCACUGGCUUCCCUACCCAAUGUAGAUGUCGUCUUUGGCACCCAUCUGAUGACACACCUCGGCUUGCGCCUCAACCAAUUGGAAAUGCCAACUGCAGCACCAAAGCCAAUGAAUGCCCCGCUCUCCAUCAUCUGCGGCAGCGGCGUCAGCAGCAGCAGCACCAGCAACAACAGCUCCAACAGCCGGGAGGCCUGCAGUCCCGUGUCCAGCGGCUACUGCAGCGACAGCGAUUGCAGCGUCUCCUCCACUCAAGCGGCCCAGAAUCUGCUCCAGAUCAGCACUGGUCAGGUUUGGCGCCCCUGGUGAAUCUAUCGAUUGGCCAACACCCUCCUCGGGCAAUCGCGCAAUGGAACUGCAGCUUUACAAAUGCUUUACAAUGAUCCUCAUUAAUCAUCCUCGAUAAGUGUUAAAAAUAUUUCCACGUUUUAAGGGUUUUAAGUUAAGUCUGUGAUAGGACAUGCUUUAUUUACUUUUGUCAAGAUCAUUUGAUCAGAAGAUUGUUUUUUUACCAUACCACAUAAACAUAUAAUUUGUUUACCACAUAA